GGAGCGCAGAGCGGUUUGGUCGUUCGUUGGGGUGGUAUCGUCCCUCAGCUCGCCAACUGCAGCUCUUCACUGGGCAACAGCGGCGGCGCGGUGGUCCGAAAAACGGCCUGAAACUCCGGCUUUGGGUGAGAGAAAAUGGCCCGAACCAAGCAGACUGCUCGUAAAUCCACUGGUGGGAAGGCCCCCCGCAAGCAGCUGGCCACCAAGGCUGCCAGGAAAAGCGCGCCCUCUACCGGCGGGGUGAAGAAGCCCCAUCGCUACAGGCCUGGCACUGUGGCUCUUCGAGAGAUUCGUCGUUAUCAGAAAUCCACUGAGCUUCUCAUCCGAAAGCUGCCUUUCCAGAGGUUGGUGAGAGAGAUUGCCCAGGAUUUUAAAACGGACCUGAGGUUUCAGAGUGCGGCCAUCGGUGCGCUUCAGGAGGCUAGUGAAGCGUACCUGGUGGGUUUGUUUGAAGAUACCAAUCUGUGUGCCAUCCACGCCAAGAGAGUCACCAUCAUGCCCAAAGACAUCCAAUUGGCUCGCCGGAUACGGGGAGAGAGAGCUUAAGAGACUGCCCCUCCAGGAUAUCCCUGAGUAAGGGCAAUGGACUGGAAUCUGUAAGGAAGAAAGCAAAAGUUGGAGCUGUUGAAGGUAUCCUGUGCCCAUGAUGGAUGAGAUAAAAAUAAAGUUUUGGAAUGCAGAUUUUU